AAUGCACCGUCAUCAAAUUAUCGUGAUAUUCAUGGUGCCAAAAAGUGUCAAUCAUAAAUUCUAUAUAAAAAAGUAAUGAAAAUAAAUUAUUACUUCUACUUAUUUUGCUCAAAAGUAGAAAUAAAAGCAGAACGAGUGAGUCCAAAGUGAAUGAGAUUCAGAUACUUUUUCGAUCCCACGCAUGUGCAUUAAAUGGAAACUGGCUUCCAAGAAACAGUCAAGUUCAGCGCGUGCGCUUAUGAAUAAUGCAAUUUUGUUGUUUUUUUGAAUGUUUUUCUCCGCAACAAUAAAACUUUUUAUUGUUACAUAAAAUAAUAAAAAAAUUCCAAUAAAUUUAUAAUAAUAAAACCAAAAUGAAAUAUCUUUUGUAAGGUGCCAAAUGCAACAACCAAAAGUGGGUCAAAACUGCAGACGUGAGCUUGCGGGCGUUAAAAAUAAAUUAGCAAGCAGCAAAAUUAAAAGCGAAAAAAAUUGUCUCGAAAGGUGCUUGAUUAAGUGCAAUAAUUACAAAAAGAGCCGAGAGCAAUUAAUAUUUUUCAGCAAUUUUUUAUAAAUAAUUUAAAUAUUUUUGCAAUUAAAAAUGCUUGCAGCACUCAACGCCAUAAGCCUAACAUCUUAAAAUUAAUUCACUGAUAAACUUUAACCAACGAGAAAAUAAUUAAACAAAUUAAAAAUUAAAGAGAAUUAAUAUAUAAAAACAAUAUUUUUCAAACUCUUAAACUCUCUUAAAUUCGCUUAAGAGAAAAUUUUCGAAAAUUGUCAGUAAAAUUCGAAAAUGAAUUCUCCGCAUUUGGUAACCGCAGCGAAUACUCAUCACAUUCACAAUCAACAACAAAAUGCCGGUCUCACCAACACAAAUAUGAAAAACUUUAUUAACACAUACAACAACAUGAGUAACAGCAACGGACUUAAUAACAGCAGCAGCAACAGCAACAGCAACAAUAGCAACAACAGUGCAACAACAAACCUUGCUAGCACGAAUAAGUUUGCGCCUGCACGUAGACUUGCUGGAGCGCGUCAAACUUUACGUCUUGCCAUACCGAAACAACAAGGCGAUACUUAUAGUCUCCAAAAUCCAUGUAAUGGAACAAAUGCGUUCUACCGGCAUUCGCCAUCGCAAUUGCCACCAGCUCCCAUACUAAAACGCAACACCCCAAGCCCUGCUACUGCUUCCGUUGCUACCUACUCACAUACACCAAAAUCUUCCUCGCCUUUGGAAUCACAUAACUUGCCAAAUGUAACGCCGACCGUUUUAAGUGGAAAUAAUGGUUCCACUAUAGUUACACCUUCAAGUUGUGGUAGUGGAAAGUUAUUAAAUCUGCGUAAACCUAAUAUUACACUGAAUUCAUCGGACAUACGCAAUAAUAAUGAUCUAUUCGCUUUUUCUAAGGAUUUAUCACCAUCUGUAGAUAUGGAACACACACCCAUGUUUGCUGAUAUUGCCUCAUCAAUUUCACCAUCUUCGGGCUCACCAACUCAUCACUUGAAUCGUUUAUUCAAUCUGAGUCCUUCGACAAAACGUAGUUAUGGAAAUGACUUAAUACGUCGAUACUCAUCUAAAAUCAAUCUCACCAAUAGUCUGAUACGCAAUGCAAGGAAAAAUAUUAAAAAUUGCGCUCCAGGUGUCUUGAAAGCGAUGAACCGCGAAACACGUUUUAGAAAUAAAUUGAGGUAUAAACUGGAAUCGAAAAGAAUGAAGAAAUCCUUGAAGAAACAAAGAAGACUGACUAAACGAGAGGAAAAGACUGACGAGGAAAACAAAGAAGAGAAAGCAGUUCAGAGCCAAACUCUCCACCGUAAUAUAAUAAUUUAA